AUGGUUGCUGUUUGGGCCGACAGGCUACACAACGGUGAUAUGAUGAUGGUCGCAGUUUGUGCGAGUUGGUCGAUUCCUCGAUGUGGUCCACCCGGCUUGUCCGUGGUGACCAGGGGAUCUUCCGUCGUGAAAAUUGCGGUCAACCAGAGAGUUGAGUACGUAUUCUGCAGUUCUGGGCGACAAUACACGAUGCCUGAGCGCUCUUUCACUGGUUCAUCGUCUGCGAACAGCUCCAAAACCAUGUUGGAUGUAUUUGGAACCAAUGACUCCGUGAGAAGCUUAUCCGGAGCUUCGGGGGAAUUCGUGUGGACGGGACGUGGUGGUUUCUUCACGGGUGAGAGACUAAGUGGAGGGUUCACAGGGUUAUGGGUUGGAAUAGAAUGGUGGACGCCGAUUGUAUCAGGAUUGGCGGGUCGCAGGGCGACCGAAUGGCUGCGUAGCCGGGGCAUUCCAAGUGGGAAUCUAUAA